AUGACAUACAUCUUUAAAGACAUGCCUUUUGUUGAAACCUUCGUUGACGAUAUCGUUAUACAUUCUACUACAUUCAAUGAACACACUGGGCAUAUUAAACAAGCCAUCUCUGCACUCACACACGUAAAUCUUAUUCUCAAUCCGGCUAAAUGCCACUUUGCACAACAUACCGUAUACCUUCUUGGCUUUACUAUCUCUGCCAAAGGCAAACGUCCUGACCCACAUAUCCAAAGUUUUGGCAUCGUCAAUUACUUUCGAGAUCACAUACCAAAAAUUGCUCAACUCAAUGCUCCAUUAGAACGCCUUCGCAAUGAAAACUCACUUCAGGGCAAAUGGACCGCCGAACAUGAUAAGCACUUUUCACUGCUCAAAAAGAUCCUAUCUUCUGAUCUCAUCUUACAUCAUCCUGAUCUACGACAUCCAUUCUAUAUUGCCACUGAUGCCUCAAACACAGGCAUUGGCGCUGUUCUUUUCCAAAUUGUUGACAAUGACAAACGUUACAUUGAAUUUGCUGCCCGAGCUUUAUCAACCUCUGAAAGGAAUUACUCUACUACACGACGCGAACUUCUCGCUAUUGUCUUUGCCUUACGUCGUUUUCAUCACUUUGUAUGGGGAAACCCAUUUACUUUGUAUACGGAUCAUCGUUCUCUCACACACCUGUUCACUCAGCCUAUCGCCAAUUCCAUGAUGAUUAAUUGGUUCGACACCCUUCUCGAUUACACAUUCAAUGUCGUUCAUUUACCUGGAACUAAAAACAUCUUACCAGAUCAUCUCUCUCGCCUUUUUGAAGGGAAUACCAAAAGGCUGGAGGGGGAUAUGGCAUAUAAGCCAAGCGAGUUAAGCGAUGCAACACAUAAAAGGAUCACCUCCGAAAGGUUUGCAUCCAAGACACAACGUGUUUUCCGCGUACACAAAAUAGAAAACAAUGACAAUGAACGCAUGACUGCACCAAUCGAAGAACGCGAUCAUUGGGCGGCGGACCUCGCUGGUGAUUUCGAGGAAUCCGACAGCCACAACAAAUACCCGUUAAUAUUGGUCGACGUGUGCACCCGAUUCUGCCUAUUGAGGCCUAUACCAAACAAAGAAGCUGUAACCAUUGCCAAAGAAUUGGUCAAACUACUCAAAGAAGUGCUUGACAACAUCGGUGUUGAUCGACUUACCACACCGUAUCACCCACAAGCCAAUGGGCUAGCAGAACGAUGGGUCCAAUCAGCUGUCAUGAUCAUACGUAAAUCAAUAGAUGGCACCAGCAAAGACUGGGAUUACUUUGUACCAGCCACACAAUUGGCAUUGAAUAACAAAAUAUCCAAAAGACUAAACACACCACCAUUCACAUUAAUGUUCGCAAGGAAGCUCAAUCCUUUUCGCGAUUACAGGAAUGACAAAGUGUUUAGGCCUAUGACACAGGCACAGCUUUUAGAGAACAUCGAGCACAUGACCAUUGUAUUCCCCGCUAUAAAAGAGCGCACAGACUUUGUGGUACAACAACAAAAAGAGCACUUUGACAAUACACAUAACAUCAUAAACUUUACACCUGGAGAUCAUGUCAUGGUUAAAAUACCUACGCGUACAGGCAAGCUAACACCGGUAUAUGAAGGCCCUUAUAGGGUACUACGUAAAAACAAUGGAGGUGCAUAUGAAUUGCAAGAUGAAACGGUUCCCGCCGAUGAGCUUUAUGAAGUAGAAUCCAUUAUCAAUCACCGUGGCAAAGCCGGCAAUCGCGAAUACCUAGUCCGAUGGAAAGGAUACGGACCACAAGAUGACUCCUGGUUAACACCUGACAAGUUUUCCUAUGACAAGACUAUCAAGACAUAUUGGCAACGAAGAAAAACUCACUCCACCAACAACGACCUUCCAGCAUCAACGAGAAAACGCAAACGAGCAACAACCGAUUCAUCCACGGACAGCCCAACACGACGCAACAAACGAUCACAGCAAGCUUAG